AUGUUAGAUAAUGAUGAAGAAUUUGAAGCAAAACGCAUGGUCGAUAAUACAGUUGCGACUUUUUUGAAUAAUGAAUCAACUCAGGAAAUAUACGAUGAUGAGAAAAACUCUGUAACAACUUACUGUUUACAAAUUCAAGCUUCAGACUACAAAUCACCUAAUAUGGAACAAUUUACUGAUAAUAGACAUAAUGUAAAGUAA